AUGAUAAUUAAUGUAUCAUGUUCAUCAUUAUUGUCAUUAUCAACAUUGUCAUCACCUCAGAUCUCACCACUUUUCUCGAAUAAAUGUGUGAAUGGUGGAAUAUUUUCCAAGAUUGAAGGUUGUAUAUGUCCACCGAAUUUUAUUGGCCCACACUGUGAGAAGUUCACCGAAGACGAUCAUAUAUACAGUGAGUUUGUCAGUCUCGAGAAUGACAGUGACUCGCCACCUUCACAGCCACAACCAGCAGCCGAUUCGAGUCGCCAAUCAUCAAAGGUCUCCAUUGCCUACCAAUAUAAAGAGAACGAUUUCAAGAUGACCGAUAUCGAAAAGUGUGCACCGGAAAACUAUCCUCAGGCACUGUGUAGUUGGAGUAGCUACCGUUCCAACAACCAAUUGUACAUGAAGAUCUCUGAGAGAUCACAACAACAACAACUCAACUAUAGCGAUGAUAAAAUAGUUAGUGAACUACUCAAGACCUACGGACCGUGGGACACCAACGAUGCUGUCUUGCUCAACUAUCUGUUCAAAAACAAUCAAGGUGAAUAUCUUUUGAAAUACAACCAUCAUUCCUACCAUAAGUUUAACGAAGCCAUUGGAAAUUCUCUUGCUUUCGUAAUUCUGGUGCACGAUAUCGAUUUAAUCUCCAUACAACUACUAUUGGAAAAUAUUUAUCAACCUCAUAAUUAUUAUGUUAUUCAUGUUGAUGGAAGUUAUGAAAAUGAAGAGAAAUUAGAAGAUUUAUUCUAUUUGGUUGAGGACAUAGUUGGUAGAGACUAUAUGAAUAUUGCAAUACUGAAGAACAGAUUCAAGAAUGGUUGGGGUUCUAUUGGAUUGGUUUAUUCAGAGAUCGCUGGCAUCACCAAAUUGUUCGAUAUGAUGCUUGAGAAAGAAUCAACAACUGAGAGCAAAUCAAUAUUCUCGCAUGUCAUCAAUUUAAGUUUAAAUGACUUUCCAAUAAGAAACAUUUCCAAACUAGAGAAUUUCUUGCAUACAAAAGAUAAUUUGAUUUCAAAUUAUAUAGAGAAUGAUUUUCCAAGAUAUAAUAGAUUAAAUAGAACAUUUGUUCAAUGUGGAAAAUCAGUUGGAGAAAUUAAAUUUUAUGUUAAUAAAGGUGAUCAUAAUGCUACUUGUGGAGAUGCCAACGAUCUCAUGAAUAGUAUCAAUAGAAAAGGAUAUGAAGAAGGUUCUCAAUGGCAUUUCAUUACUCGACAGUUUGCAAAGUAUAUCAUCUCCAAUGUUAAACCUCUGGAACGUCUUUUCUCUAUGAAGUUCUCUUUUAUUCCAGACGAAAGUUACUUCCAAAUCGCUAAAUCAGAAUGGAUCGAUAAUAACAUGUUAUGGUUCAGAUAUAACUAUAGAUUUAUACCAUGGAAUAAACAGAGAUUGGAAGUAUCAAGUGAAGAAGUUGAUCUACUUGUUAAAGGACACGACAAAUACUUUACAAGAAAAGUCUAUUCAAAUGAUGUAAAAAGAGAAAUAGUUGAAAAAUUACUUCAAUAA